AUGGCGCCGGUAGAAGUUCUCAUGGUCGGUACUGGAGAGUACACGACCGGAUUCGUCGGAGGCGGUGCCUCAAAGUCUGACAAAAAGGUUGGUGUCGUAGGUUUGACACUGUUUGACCUCCGAAGACGGGGCAAGGUGGGCAAACUGUCCAUGGUCGGCACAUCCGGCGGCAAAUUCCCUGCAAUCCGUGAGCAUCUGCAAAAGAACAUUUCCGAGGCAUACAACAAUCUGGACGUGUCUUUUGAGGAGUUUCCAAAAGAGGGCAAGACGGACCCAAAUGCCUACAAGGCGGCGAUUGAUGCGCUUCCAAAAGGCAGUGCGAUUACAAUCUUUACGCCCGACACCACUCACUACCCCAUUGCCCUUUACGCCAUUGAGCGUGGAAUUCACGUUCUCAUCACAAAGCCCGCAGUCAAAUUGCUAGAACACCACCAAAAACUCCUCGAGGAAGCAAAGAAGCACAAUGUAUUUGUCUACAUUGAGCAUCACAAGCGAUACGACCCUGCGUACGCUGAUGCGCGCUUCAGGGCGCAGAAGUUGGGCGAUUUCAACUAUUUUUACUCGUACAUGAGCCAGCCAAAGAGCCAGCUAGAGACUUUCAAGGCAUGGGCCGGUGUGGAUUCCGACAUUUCCUACUACCUGAACUCUCACCACAUCGAUAUCAACGAGUCCAUGGUUCCUGGUUGGAAGCCAGUACGCGUCAUGGCGAGUGCAGCAAAGGGAAUCGCUACCGGACUGGGCUGCGAUCCCGCUACCGAGGAUACCAUCACAUUGCUCACUAACUGGGUGAAGAAGGAUGACCCCAGCAAAGUUGGAACUGGUGUCUACACAGCUGGCUGGGCAGCACCACAAAAGGCAGGUGUGCACUCGAAUCAGUAUUUCCAUUACAUGGCAUCCACCGGAGAAAUUCGUGUCAACCAGGCCAAGCGCGGUUACGACGUCACUGAUGACGAGACCGGCUUGCUGUGGUACAACCCAUUCUACAUGAAGUACGCCCCUGAUGAAGAGGGCAACUUUGCAGGCCAAAUUGGCUACGGAUACAUUUCAUUUGAAAAGUUCAUUGAUGCUGUCAACAAGCUCAACGCGGGUGAAAUCACUCUCGAAGAAUUGGAUGCGCGGCCACUACCAACUUUGAAGAACACCAUCGCGACAACAGCCAUUCUGGAGGCCGGCCGAAGAUCUCUGGACGAAAACCGUCCUAUCGAUAUCAUUGAAGAAAAUGGCGUCUGGUCGCUAAAGUAG